UGUCAUCGGGAAUGUGACUACCUCCACCUGGUUGAAUUUCCAUCAAACUCGAGAAAAGUCCUCACACUCAAGCUGCGCAAGGCAUGGCUUCGAAUCGUCAAAGAGAAGCGCGGGAGGGUAGGACUCUGCGGAGAUCGAGAUUUGGCUGCCGAAAUUGCAAGCUUCGAAAACUCAAGGUCGGUAGCCCCAGUCGUUCAAUCAUCUAUGCGACGAAGCCAAACCACAAUGCAAGAGAUGUAG